UUGAAGUUGCUAAAAGUCGAGCUAUUAAUAAACAACUUGUACUGCGAUCACUACUCAUAUAUAAAAUGAGAAGGUAGUGACAUGAUGUGCAUUUUUCGGAACCUUCUUUUUGCAUCUAGAACGAAUGGAGACGGAGUAUUCGCUCAACGACAUCGCGGCGGGGAAAAGUCUGCAGAUCCUCGCGUACAUCUACACGUCGAUGGCUACAUUCUGGGCCUACGAAUAUUUUUGUUCGUUUCAACACGAGUGGACGUUCCUACAUCGAUCGCGCUGGACCAAGGUAAAAUGCCUUUACAUCCUUACACGAUAUGUCCCCUUCCUCCUUCUCCUUGUGAAUCUAUAUACAUGCUUCUCCCCAAAUGAGAACUCAGGCAUUUGCUCCCAAAGCUUUUUCGUCCUCAGAACUUGCGCGCUAUGGAACAACAAUAGAAUCGUGAUACUAACCAUGCUAUCAUUAUGUCUCGCUUUUAUCACCGCAUCGAUCAGCAUCGCUUUGGUCACUACUGCCACAGCACCAUUUGCAACUAGCAAUAUUCCGGGCAUCACAGGCUGCUACCAGGUCAUGAGCAAUAUCCAGCUCUUCAUACCGUUUCUUUUUUAUUUUGCUCUCGCACUGGGACUUAUGGCCCUCACGCUCGUACGGGCCAUAAUGAGCUGGCGGACAACCAAGAGUCAUCUGUAUGUUGUCCUGCUGAAGCACAAUAUAUCCUACUAUGCAUGUGGUCUUUUGUUCUCGGUGGCGAACAUCUUCACAUCGCUGCUCCUCCAUUACGCAUACCACGCCAUGUUGCAUGACCUCCAGUUUAUUAUCCUUGCAAUCCUCGCCACAAGCAUGCACCGCCAUCUCUGGCAGAUGGACCUGCAUACACACAUCCCUGACCCCAAUGCGCGUAUGACUUUGUCCGACAUGUUACCCGCCGACAAUAUGACGGAAUAUCAUCUUCCAUGGAGCGAAGUUUGAACUGCAUGAUGACUGGUGGGGUUAGUUAGAUUGGUUCCGGGAUAUGCUUAACUUGUAUAGAAAUCUAUUUUCUGCUGUGGUA